CCUCUUUUCUUCCCCUCUCCCCUCUCCCCUCUCCCAUCUUCUCCCCAAUUUGAGCUCCGGCAGAAGGAAAAUCAAACAAAAAUGGAAAAUUGAAACAGAAAAAGAGCAGAAAAGAAAGAAGAAAGCUUUUUAUUUUUCAAUUAUAAGCGUAAUUUAAUUUGUUAUUAUAAUUUGUUAAUGGGGGACGCGUUUUGCUCGGACUGCAAGCGGCAGACGGAGGUGGUGUUCGACCACUCGGCGGGGGAUACCGUCUGUUCGGAGUGUGGAUUGGUGCUCGAAUCGCAUUCGAUCGAUGAGACCUCCGAGUGGAGAACCUUCGCUAAUGAGUCCGGCGACAAUGAUCCCGUCCGUGUUGGUGGCCCCACUAACCCUCUCUUGACCGACGGUGGUCUUUCCACUGUCAUAGCUAAGCCUAACGGUGCUUCUGGCGAGUUCCUUUCCUCUUCCUUGGGUCGCUGGCAGAAUAGAGGCUCCAAUCCGGAUCGGGGGUUGAUUUUGGCGUUUAAAACUAUAGCUACUAUGUCCGAUAGGUUGGGGCUUGUUGCAACUAUAAAGGACCGGGCCAAUGAGAUAUAUAAACGGGUGGAAGAUCAGAAGUCCAGCAGAGGAAGAAAUCAGGAUGCCUUAUUGGCUGCAUGCCUCUACAUUGCUUGUCGCCAAGAAGACAAGCCACGAACUGUAAAGGAAAUUUGCUCCGUUGCCAAUGGAGCCACAAAGAAGGAAAUUGGCCGAGCAAAAGAAUACAUAGUGAAACAACUGGGGUUGGAGACAGGUCAGUCGGUGGAGAUGGGAACUAUUCAUGCUGGGGACUUUAUGAGGCGUUUUUGUUCAAAUCUUGGCAUGAAUAACCAAGCGGUGAAAGCUGCACAAGAAGCUGUGCAGAAGUCGGAAGAGUUUGACAUAAGGAGGAGUCCUAUAUCAAUUGCGGCAGCAGUAAUUUAUAUCAUCACUCAACUUGCAGAAGAGAAGAAGCCGAGUCUCAAAGAUAUUUCAGGGGCCACGGGAGUUGCUGAAGGAACUAUCAGAAAUUCAUACAAGGACCUCUAUCCUCACGUGUUGAAGAUAAUUCCAAGCUGGUUUGCCAAAGAAGAGGAUCUUAAGAAUCUCUGCAGUCCUUGAACUUACAGGAGUUGAGCAGAAAAUAAUGGGAAUACCUAGACGUUUGAAAGGGACCUUAAUGGAUGUAUUAAAAGACUGUUGAGACAUGAUGACAAGGGCCGUUUGUUUUCAUUUUAUUUGGUGGGGGUCCACACAAUAGGAAAGCGAAAGUGUUUCAGCCACCCGUUUCUAAGUUCUAACCCAUGCUUGAAGGAGCAACAACAUCCAACUUUUCAGUGGAUAUUGAUGUGCAUUAUGCAGUCAAAAUCCACUUUUGUAUUAUUUCAUUUGCAACUGCCUUUUAUUUUUAUUUUAUGAGAUUUUUGGGAAGGAAUCAUUUCAACCAUCAAAUGAAAUUUGGGUCUGGAUCCCUAGCUUCCCACUGGCUGUGGGUCUCUAUUCAAA